AGCGUUCGGACAAGACGACCAGACAUGGGACUUCCACAUAUGUCUAUGCUUCGUUUUCGUUCAUUAAUGGCGUUGACUUUUUGAAUUCUCUUGACCAUUCUUAUUUUUAUUUUUUUCAUUCUCCUCGAAGAUAGGAUCUUCAAUUUGUCUUCAAGCUCAACGUCGUUGAGGUUCGUUCUCUGCCAAAGUUCAUGACUUUAUGAUUCGAUCUGGUUACGCUGGAGCAUUAUUCUGAGAUGGAAGAUGGGAACCGUAGUUUCACAGUGGACGAAGCACUCGUGGAGAUGGGGUUUGGGAAGUUUCAACUCUGCGUCCUUGCUUACGCUGGAAUGGGUAUGGUUGCAGAAGCUAUGGAGAUGAUGCUCCUCUCUUUCGUUGGACCUGCUGUUCAAUCGCUUUGGAAUCUCUCUUCACGAGAGGAAAGCUUGAUAACUAGCGUCGUUUUUGCUGGUAUGCUCGUUGGAGCUUACUCUUGGGGUAUUGUUGCUGACAAACAUGGCCGCAGGAAAGGGUUUAUCAUAACUGCGGUGGUGACUUUCAUAGCUGGUUUCUUGAGCGCAUUUGCACCAAACUACACGUGGUUGAUCGUUCUCCGCUGUUUUGUUGGUCUCGGAUUGGGAGGAGGUCCUGUUCUCGUCUCCUGGUAUCUUGAAUUCAUCCCUGCACCAAACCGAGGGACUUGGAUGGUUAUUUUCUCAGGUUUCUGGACCGUUGGAACCAUCUUCGAGGCUUCCCUCGCUUGGUUAAUCAUGCCAAGUUUGGGUUGGAGGUGGUUACUUGCACUCUCAUCUAUACCGUCAUCGUUGCUUCUCAUGUUCUAUAAGUGGACGCCUGAGUCUCCUCGUUACUUAAUCCUACAAGGACGGAAAGCUGAAGCUCUUUCCAUAUUGGAGAUGAUUGCGAGAACUAACGGAACACAACUACCUAAGGGUGUACUCGCUACAGAGAUGGAAACGGAGAUGGAAGAGACUAUACACCUUCCAACAGAAAGCACUCAUCUUCUCAAGCCUGGUGAAGAAGUCGAAGAAGCUCCUCCUCCUCCUGUGUCCAAGAUUGUACUGAAAUCUGACAACAAGGGACCGUUACUAGUUCUUCUAUCUCCAGAGCUAAUCAAACGCACUUUGCUACUAUGGGUUGUGUUCUUUGGAAACGCCUUUGCUUACUACGGUGUUGUCCUUCUCACCACCGAGCUCAAAAUUUCUCAAAACAGUUGCUAUCCAAGUGAAAAAGGGUUAACACAUUCUUCAAAUGAUGUCAACUACAGAGAUGUUUUCAUCGCCAGUUUUGCAGAGUUUCCAGGACUACUUAUAUCAGCGGCAAUGGUGGACAGGCUCGGAAGAAAAGCAUCCAUGUCAUCAAUGCUAUUCAUGUGUUGCAUCUUCCUUCUUCCUCUGUUAACUCAUCAAUCUCCAACCUUAACCACCGCUCUUCUCUUCGGCGGCCGUAUCUGCAUCUCAGCGGCAUUCACUGUGGUUUACAUAUAUGCUCCUGAGAUAUAUCCAACGGUGGUGAGAACAACCGGUGUAGGAGUGGGGAGCUCGGUGGGGAGAAUAGGAGGAGUACUGUGUCCACUAGUGGCCGUUGGAUUGGUUCAUGGAUGCCAUCAGACAAUAGCUGUUCUUCUCUUUGAGAUUGUGAUUCUUGUCUCAGGAAUCUGCGUUUGUCUCUUCCCCUUUGAGACCAGUGGCCGUGAACUGACGGAUACAAUCUCUACGUCCAAAGAGUCCUCUUCAUCCUCCGUAUAGCCAACAAUUCUUUUGAUCACUGUAGAGUAGAAACAUGAUAUACGAUUCUCAUGUACACGGCAGUAUACUGUAUAAACUGCUUUGUUAAAACAAAAGACCCUUAAAACAAACUAUAGAGAUGUAUAAUGAACAUUUAAUGGAGAAAAAUGUAACAUUUCCAUUUUUAGUAUAUAUACACUAAGAGACUUUUUGAAAA